ACAGCAUGACAGUUUAUACGUUUCUUUCCCCGAACGUGCAACCUUUCCCAAGGUCACAGCUCGCCAGCAGCUCAGAUCUUUACUAAAGCACCAUCCUGCUCAUUUGUCACUAACCAUCCAAUUCAACAUGGCGACCCAAUGGGGGCUCUGCGGUGCGGGGAAGAUCAGCCAUGACUUCAGCGUGGCCAUGAAGACGCUGCCUCCUGGAGAUCACCAGAUAACAGUCGUUGCAUCGAGGAGCUUGGAGCGUGCCAAGGAGUUUGCCAAAAAGCACGGUAUUCCGAAGGCUUACGGCAGCUAUGAGGAGCUGGCCAGCGACCCAGAUAUUGACGUUGUGUACCUGGGAGUGCUGCACACAGAGCACUGGCGAGUUGGUCUGCUGUUCCUCAAGGCCGGGAAGAAUGUGUUGUGUGAGAAACCUUUCGCUAUGAACUCUAGACAGGUGAAAGACCUCGUCGUCGCUGCCAAGAAGAACAAUGUCUUCCUGAUGGAGGCCAUCUGGUCCCGCUGUUUCCCCGUGUACGCCGAGGUGCGCAGGCUGCUGGCGGAGGAGGCAGUAGGUGAGCUGAAGCUGGUAAAGGCCUACUUCGGCUCCCCUCAGCUCCACAUCCCCCGCUCAGUGGAGAAGGAGCUGGGCGGUGGCGCGCUGCUGGAUAUCGGCGUGUACUGCCUGCAGUUUGUGCUGAUGGUUUUCAACGGAGAGAGGCCAGAGUCCAUACAGGCCACAGGGGCGCUGCUUGACUCAGGAGUGGAUGAGUCAGUGGUUGUGGUGAUGAAGUUCUCCAGGAACAGGAUGGCCUUCUGCGCAUUUUCAAUCUCCGCUCGACUUCCGAACGAUGCUGUCAUCAGUGGCACUGAGGGCUCCAUUAAAGUUCUCGGCCCCAUGCACUGCCCUACCACACUUGUGGUGAAUGACAAGGAGACGGAGUACCCUCUGCCUGAACCCUGCCUCCCUCUGAAUUUCACCAACAGCACCGGGCUUCGCUAUGAGGCAGAGGAAGUGAGGCAGUGCCUGCUUAAAGGACUUAAGGAGAGCCCACGGAUGCCUCCGGCGGACUCUGUCUUACUGACAGAGAUCAUGGAUGAAAUCAGGAAACAGGUGGGAGUUUCCUUCUGCCAGGACAGCCAAUGACUACACUCCAAAGGCGGGCUGUUUCACCUGACCUAAACCUACUCAGAUGGAACGGAGGGAGCUGCUCGGGGCAGGGCUUUGGAUCUUCGGUAUAAGCAGAUCACUCACGGCACUGUGUGACAAAUCCUAAGCAGAUGCAGUGUCACCGAGACAACUGUGAUUCAUGUAAUAUAAUGAGCUGCCACUGAAUUAAAGAUACAAUCGUCAACUUAUUGGAACGUGAAAAUCUUGGGUACAUUAUUAGUUUUUUUUUUUCCCAGUCAUCCUACCCUAGAGUCACCAUGUAAACACCCUGUAGGUGCUUAUGUUACAGUACAUGGCAUACACCGACACUGUCCCAAACCAGAUAAAUCACAAUGCAAACAACAAGAGCACCCAUGUCCUGUAAUCAAGUCCCAGGCCUUUAAAGACAAACCCAGCUGUCACUGUGGGCUGUGUGAUUGAUGAAUCCAAUAAAGGAGUGAUUGUGAAA